GAGAGAGAGAGAGAGAGAGAGAUGGAGAACAGAGUAUAACGGUCUUCCAAUCCAUUCAGGAAAGGAACCAAAGGGUUGCCUGAUAGAAAAGGAGAGAAAAGAAAGCCGGAGAGAUUCUUUGACUUUCCGGGUGGCAAGUGCUCGAAAAUAACACAGGGAAGAUUGGUCAAGCCAGCCAAAGACGGAGAGAGGUUGGGGAAAGGGGAGGUGGGAAUCCAAAGGAGCAAGCAAGGAACCCACCGAAAACAACCCCCAACCCCCUUAGGAAUAAAGCAUCUCCCCAACCAGUCCUUCCAAGCCGCUGUCUUUGCGGACAGCCAGGAGGAGAAGACGGCGGCGGCGGCGGCGAAGGCAGCGUUGGCGGCGGCGGCCGGGGCAGUGGCUUGUUUGUAGCUGGGUUACAGUUUGGUUUGGAGGAGCAGAAGGAGGAGGAGGAGGAGGAGAAGGAGGAGGCGGCUGCAGCUACAAGAAGUAACCCGGGCCGGGUUGGUGCACGCUGCCCGGGGUGCAUGCAACAGCUUGCGGCACCCGGAGCGAAGAUCGUCGCCGCCUUUGCUGCCCGUUACGGACUAGGAUAGAGCGGGGUGGGAAGCGGAGCGCACCCCGCCUCCCCUCAGUGUUCUGGGCUCUCCCCCAACACACACACACACACACACACACACACACACACACACACACACACGUGUGCGAUUCUCGGCUACUCCUCCAGCUUCGGUGUGUAUCUUCUCUCCCAGAGACAUCGGCGCCCGCAGUGGAAGUGGGGAGAGCUGCCGCUUGUUCCUCACCCCCUUUUUAUUUUAUUUUUUUAUUUUUCAUCCCUCUUUCACCUUCUCAACACCCCCAGCAUCCCGGCGCACCCUUCUCGAUCGGGUUGUUAGUUGCCAACUCUGGGGCCUCUCCAUCUCUCCUCACUUUGGCAGCAGGACACGAGUUCAGAUUCGCCCCUCCGGGCUGGACACUGAUACACUGAACCCUGAGUCCUUCAGCUCAAUGAUUUCUGCCUAAGAGGUUUUUCCCUUCUUUUUUCCCAACCCGUUGCCCUUGCCCCACCAAAAGAAAAGAAAAAAAGAAAAAAGAAAAAAAAAAGAAAAGAAAAAGGAAAAAAAAAAGAAAAAUUCAGAAUCCCCCCUAACUCACUCAACUACCCAGCCCCUAUUUAUGUUGCCACCCUUCUGAAGACUCACAUUUUCUUUUUUUAAGACAAUUUGAGAAAGGUCAUUUGGUCAAUAUCUUUGGUUUGCCAAGUUACGUGCUUGAUCUGAUUUUUUCCCUUAAAUCUUCAUCUAUUUUCCAUUUUAAAGACCCCCUUACUUUUAUAACUCCCCCUUCCGAUUCUUAAAAAAAAAAAAAAAAGAUGCACUAUUAUCUCCUAAGCGUUUUCCUGACCCUGGAUCUGGUCACCGUGGCGCUGAGCCUCUCUACCUGCAGCACACUCGACAUGGAUCAGUUCAUGCGCAAGAGGAUCGAGGCGAUUCGGGGCCAGAUCCUCAGCAAGCUGAAGCUCACCAGCCCCCCUGAAGAGUACCCCGAACCCGAGGAGGUCCCCCCGGAGGUGAUUUCCAUUUACAACAGUACCAGGGACUUGCUCCAGGAGAAAGCCAACCGGAGGGCAGCAGCUUGCGAGAGGGAGAGAAGCGACGAGGAGUACUAUGCCAAAGAGGUUUACAAAAUAGACAUGCCCUACUAUUCGGAAAAUGCCAUCCCGCCCACUUUGUACAGGCCCUACUUUAGAAUUGUCAGAUUUGAUGUCUCAGCAAUGGAGAAGAAUGCUUCCAACUUGGUGAAGGCAGAGUUCAGGGUCUUUCGGCUGCAGAAUCCUAAGGCCCGGGUGUCUGAGCAACGGAUUGAGCUCUAUCAGAUUCUCAAAUCCAAAGACUUAACAUCCCCAACCCAGCGCUACAUUGAUAGCAAGGUUGUUAAGACAAGAGCAGAAGGGGAAUGGCUCUCGUUUGAUGUCACCGAAGCUGUGCAUGAAUGGCUACACCAUAAAGACAGGAACCUGGGAUUUAAGAUAAGUUUACACUGUCCAUGCUGCACUUUUGUACCAUCCAAUAAUUACAUCAUCCCGAAUAAAAGUGAAGAAUUAGAAGCAAGAUUUGCAGGUAUUGAUGGCUCCUUCAGUGAUCUGAAAACUAUAAAGUCCACUAGGAAAAAAAACAGUGGGAAGACCCCACAUCUCCUGCUAAUGUUGUUACCCUCCUACAGACUUGAGUCACAACAGUCCAGCCGGCGGAAGAAGCGUGCUCUAGAUGCCGCCUAUUGUUUUAGGAACGUACAGGAUAACUGUUGUCUGCGCCCACUUUAUAUUGAUUUCAAGAGAGACCUUGGAUGGAAAUGGAUUCAUGAACCCAAAGGGUACAAUGCUAAUUUCUGUGCUGGUGCCUGCCCAUAUCUAUGGAGUUCAGAUACUCAGCACAGUAGAGUUCUCAGCUUAUAUAAUACCAUAAACCCAGAAGCAUCGGCAUCUCCUUGCUGUGUAUCACAGGAUUUGGAACCUCUCACCAUCCUCUACUACGUUGGCAAAACACCCAAGAUUGAACAGCUUUCCAAUAUGAUUGUCAAAUCUUGCAAAUGCAGCUAAAAAUCAUGGAAGCAGAUAAUGAUGAUAAUGAUGAUCACAAUGAUUAUGAUGAUGAUUGCAAUGAUAACGACAUGCAAACCAAGAAAAACAAAAGAGAGAGCCUCAGUUCAUCAGUGUUAAAAAAAAAAAAAGAAAAGAAAAAAGAAAAGAAAAAGCGGUACUAGUAUGAAUACUUUGGAAGUUUGAUUCUUUGUUUUUUUAAAACUGGCAUUCGAAGCAAAAAAAAAAAAAGUUGAAGGCCUUAUCCUACAUUUCAUCUUCUUUGAUAGUGAGAUAGACAAGAAGCAAAACCUUUUUUUUUUUUUUUAAGAAAAAAUAAACACUGGAAAAAUUUGUUUAGUGUUAAUUAUGUGAAAGGAAAAAAACAGGAAAAUCCCAUUAAGUGGAGUUGUUGUAUGUACCUGUCCUGUCCCAUGCCUCACUUGAUUUCUCUGUAUUGCUAUGCAAUAGCCCUUUUCCCAUUUCUUUUAGCUGUAGAGUUAACAGUGCAUUAUUUAUUUGUGUGUAACUAUACAAUGAACAUUUCAUGGCCCUCAGAAAGCAAAAACUGUUGGAUGAAGAGGAGACCUGAUCAAUGGCCAGAAACCUGAGGAUGGAAGGCUUAGGGAACCUGAACUCUUGACAAGCCAGAGGGGAAAAAUUUUUUAAAAGGCCCAUAGUGGAGUGAAGACUGAAGUCAGUGAUUACAUGACUAAAAAAGUCUGACGUGAGACAAAAAAAGAAAAGAAACAAAACCCAAACACGUAUUUCAUAUGCCAGAUGCCUAAGAAAGCUUCUUGUAAGGUUUAAGGUAUUGAAAAAAGCUUAUUAAUAAAAGAAAUCUUUAGCCUGAAAGAUAAGUCUAUAAGAUUUUUUUUUACUAUAAGUGGUUCAAAUGUCAGUUUAGUAAAACCAAUGAAAUGUGGAAAUGUUUUGACAUGUACUGGUCUAGUUGUCAGAUCUUACUUAAUGUGUUGCUGUAUAGCUAUGCUAUGGGAUUUUUUCCUUCUUUUUGGUAUCUAUAACCAUACCUAUAGUAUUACAAUAGGUGGGUAGUAAAGCCAGCUUAAUUGGAAACAUAUCUGUAGAUCUCUAUUGUAAACUAUUAAAAAACCAUUAAGUACUUUACGUGUAUUGUGUAAAUUUUCACCAUAUUUUUGUAUUUUGUAAUGCUGUCAACUAUGAUAAGUUUGAAUUUAAAUUUGGGGCUCUUUUUUUGGAUCACCCAGAAUAAUGUGUUUCCCUCUAGCUGGCCAGUAUGAGUAGAGUCCCUAUAUUUUUACUUGCACUACAAAUACAUGUUUAUAUGAUAUUUGCUAUACAUGUGCUUUGUAUAUUGUUCAGCAUUAUGACAUAAGCUACCUGACUCCACUUGUCAAGAAUUAGAUUCAAGUUCAUUGGUUUUUCCUUUUUUUUUUUUUUUAAAUCCAUGUAUAUUAAGACAACAUGGCCUAGUGGAUAGACUUCUGCCCCUGGAAUCAGGGUUCAAAUUCAGCCUCUAUACAUUUUAGCAAGAUGGCACUAGGUGAGUCCUUGAGCCACCAUAUGCCUGAGGUAAUUUCCUUGAACUCAUAGAUAGGUUAUUGUCUGCACUGGUGAAGAGAGUUCCUAUAAGAGCAGUUCCCCAUGUUGACUAAAAUCACAGAACUUUAUGUCUCCAUGGUUACAGCUGCAAAUUACUAAGUAGUUCAGAAUCUUAAAAGCUUAACCCACAGUCUUUUAGGAGAUUUAAGAGAUUUACAAAGAGCUUUAAACAAAUAGAUAUGGUCAGGGUGAAAUGUUUUCCUUAAAGGGCUUAAAGAUCUGAUUGAAAUUGAUGGCUGAGUAAAUGGGUAUCUCUAACUUGAUUACAUCAAUAUUUUCACAUAUUCCACUUAAUGUAUUGUUUGCAUAAUGAGUAGACAGCUCCUAGGAAAUAUCAUGGACUUUAAUUGGAUUUUGAGUUUUCAGGGGAAAAUAAAUUUGAAAUAUACUUUUCCUUUCUUUCUUUUUAAUUUUUUUAAAAGAAAAAUAAAAACUAGAUCAGCAUAGAAAUAACUAGUUUGGUUUAUUUUUUAUCAAAGUGAAUGGUUGUUCCAGAUGUUCUUUGUAUAUUCCAAGAGAAGGUAAAUUCUUCUUUAUCUACAAAUGAAGCGCGCUGGAAUGAGAGUCAUCUCUUUCCUAGGUUUGGAUUGCAUUGGCUCACAUUAACAUAGGUGGCUAGACCCCUUAGACAAAAUACCUGUAUCUGCAUCUCUAAAUGUCCCAAGCAAGCAUUGUUCCAUGGCAGUGGAUUGAUAAAGAAACACUGAAAUAAAACAUUGGAGACAUUAUGAAAGUGGCAAAUAUCAAAAAGAAAGUCUUUUAAUUUUGUUUCCUCUUAUCACUUUCCUUGUCUUUAGGUUUAAAAUGAAGACAUUGCUUGAAAAGUUUGAAAUGUAGUAAUGCAUAGAAAUAGGAUGCCAUGAUGAUAAACCUGUGCUUGAUGUGUGCUUAAUGCAGCCCAAUGUCAGAUUUGAGUAAUUUUUUUUUUCCAUUUUCCUUUUAAUUCUUUGUAAUGAGCUUUUAUUUCUGUAGGUAUUUUCUCCCAAAUAGAUGAAGUUUUGUUUUGUUUUGUUUUGUUUCUUCAUGGAUGCACUGAUAAUAUUUUAAAUGCUCUAUUUUAAUUCUCCAGAAUCUUUUCAUUUGGGGCUUCUGUUAGGCAUUUAUUCCCCUUUAGCAAAUAUGAACAUAGAAUGGUGGGAGGGGAACAGGGAAAAUGUUAACACCAUGGGUGGGUUAGGGCAGCAUUUUCUGGGUGUUAAGCAGCAAUACAAUUGUAUGGUUGGCAUGUUUUUUUUUUUAAUGAAACAUAAGAACAGCUGUUUUGUAUUUUGGUGACUGAUUACUCUGUAUAUUAUCACAUUGUAUGACUGUUUUGUGGUGCUCUAGUGGUAAAUAAAUUAUUUCAAUUGUA